AGAAGGAUUGAAAGAAUAGAGAAGGAGUUGGGCUAUUAUGCCAGAAACAACCACCUAAGCAGUCUGGCCAAGCACUGGAUUAGGAAUGAAAUAUUAUCUCUUGGUGGGCUUCUUUUAAAUUUAUUUCCAAAUUCAAAGUAUGGGGUUAGGCUACGUGCUAAUGCAACCACCCAAUUUACUUGGCUACGUGUUAGAUUAGAAAUGGAUUAUUAUACCUGCGAGAAUGUUGAUAGAAAUCAAGUUACUAAACAAAUUUUAAAGUGUGAUCUUUUUAGACCUAUUUCUUCAGUUAAAUUACAUAAUGAGUCUAUCUUAAACAAUACGAUUGAGGGUUCUAUGAAGAUAUUAGCUUAUUGGAUUGAUGAGACUAUAAGAAUGGGUUUAAAAGGAAUCUUAUGCUUAUAUCAUUAUUUCUUUAAGUUUGAAGAAAAGUUAAGAUUAUUACAGCU